CCGGUGGCGACAGAAGGCCACGAUAAUUAUGGCAAAAUUUGCGUUUUUGAAUGAAUUAUAACCCGAAUGGUGGACCACCAAGCCCCCGCAGCGUGAGGACCGCUUUGCCCCGGCCAUGCCGCAGCAGAGAGUCUCAGUUUAACGGGGACCGCGGAGCACGCAGCGGAACACGGGUACAGUUUUGCAAAAGAUGGCUAGCUAUCUCCAGUGGCAUGCUAACGUUAGCUUAGCAAGCUAAUGCUAGCAUAGUGGACCACCGCCUCCCGGGGGAGACGUGGUCGCCUGCUUCGCCUCGUACGUGCUGUGAUGAGUGUACCCGAGGGCCCGGGGUUCGGUUUGUGGGGAUGAACUCGCAGUUUCGCGGUCGAUGUGCCAGUUGUUGCCUCCACUCGGCGCUGCUACUAGCUAGCCACAUUGAGUAACGUGGCUAGCUAGUUAGCCAGGGGCAGCAGCCACUAGCUUUGCGUUAGCUAGCUUGCUUGUUAGCCACACAUCUGUAAGUGAUCAUUUCUUAGAGAGAGAGAGAGAGGGGAGGGGAGGGGGGUGCUGUGUAACAUUGCUUGUACCGGCACACUGGCCAGGUGGCGAGCGACCAGCUUCACCCAGCUAGCCCGGGACAACACAAGCUAGCAACCGGGCGAACUUGUGCUAAAUAGCGAGAAGCAGCUCCGGGUUACCUGACGCCUGUGGGGUGACCAGACCCCGGCGUGACAGACCCCCAGGGCGGACUAUCUGCAUCUGGAGAGGGGUUUUGCAGACCUGGGGCCCGACGUUGAUAAAACACAAAUCUAUCAACCAACCCAAAAAAACACACAACCCGUGUUAGCUUCUGCUGCGAUGACAACCAUUUGAUCGGGAUUGUCAUGACCUGACGCCCGCAUUUCCACCUCCUCGGCACAUAACGCCUUUUUCCAGACGUCGUCAUUUUUUUUUUUUUUAAACUUUUAUUUUUUCUUGCAUAUGAACGGUGACAUGCCACUUCACCGACAGUCAUAUUAGCUCAUGGCUGCCGAAUCGGGGAGACUACAGGCGGGACAAGGAAAACGAAGCAAAGCUUCUCAGAUGAAGAGCCCGGAGAAGAAGAAGGCGAGGAAAUCAACGGCUCAGGCGGCUGGGUUCUCCCACCUCACUGAGUUUGCGCCUCCUCCUACCCCCAUGGUGGACCACCUGGUCGCCUCCAACCCCUUCGACGAUGACUUUGGGCCCCCGUCCCGACCGACUGGGACAGGUGGACCCGGUGGUGCUCCUCCGUUUCUUCCAAGCCCAGGUGCAAGUGGAGGAGGUGGGUAUGGUGGUGGAGGCCGGAUGGGCGGAGGCAUGGGCUUCAUGGGGGGCCCGGGAGGACCAGGGGGGGGUCAGCCUGUGCGGAGGCCACCGUUCGGCCCUUCACCGAAUGCCGGGCCGCACCACCAGCUUGGUUUUGGAGGAAUGCCUGGCUUCGGAGGUGGCGGCGGCGGAGGGGGUCCAGGAGGAGGAGGAGGUGGUGGUGGAGGAUUCCCCCCUGGUGGCCCCUCUCAGUUCAACAUGCCGCCUAACUUCAGUCCACCCAUGCACCCCGGGCAAGGAUUCAAUCCCAUGUUGUCGCCGGGGGGUAUGGGAGGUCCCGGUGGAGGGGGGCCGCCCCACCCUCGGUUCGGCAUGCCUCCACAGCAGCAGCACGGACAGGGUGGACAUCCGUUUAACAGUCCACCACUACCUGGCGGUGGAGGCCCCAGAGGCCCCCCCCAUGGCCCCUUGCCCUCCAUGGGAGGAGGCAUGGGUCCUGGGAUGAAUAUGAUGGGUGGGAUGGGGGGUGGUCCUGGAGGAAACAUGGUAGGAGGCUUACCGGGUAUGCCUCCUCAAGGACAGUUUCCUAACUCACAGGACGGUCCCUACCCGGGCCCCAGUCCGCCAGGGCCGGGCAACGAGGAUGGGAAGAACUUUGGUGGUGGAGGGGCGCCGCCUGGGCCGCAACAACAGCAGCAGCAGCAGCAGCAGCAACUUAACAUGAAUCCUAAUGGCCCCCCUCCUAAUAACUCCACCCCCGGCCCUCCUCCUAACUCUGGCCCACCCCAGCCCGGGGGGGGCGGCUUCCCUGGCCACCCUGACGGUCAGCAGCCCAAUGCCAACACACCCGGUCAGCCUCCCUCGGCACAGCCCCAGUCUAACCCUAACUCUUCCCCCACUGGUCCCCUGAAUGGAUCAGGCCAGCCCCAGCACCCACCCCCCUCCCAGCUACAGCCCCCCAGCAACUCAAACACACCGAACUCUAAUAACUCUUCCCAGCAGCAGCAAUCGACUCCACCGAACUCCGCCCCCGGCUCCACACCGUACAACCAGCAGAACAACACUCCAGGUUCUGGUGGUCCGAUGCCAAACGCAGCUUCCAAUUCCGGUCAGAACAGCAUGACCAAUAACAAUGGGGGCAACACUCCUGGCAGCAACCCCAACCCCCCUUCUAACUCCACCUCCACUCCCAACACCCAGUCUCCCCUGCCCUCCGGCCCGGCUGCCCCCUCAACCGGGCCCGGGUCUGGCCCCGGGAAGCUCGGCGGCCCCGGUAUGGUCUUCCCUUGCGGCCUCUGCAUGGCGGAGGUCCACGACGACCAGGACGCCAUCCUGUGCGAAGCCUCGUGCCAACGCUGGUUCCACCGGGACUGCACAGGCCUGACGGAGCCGGCGUACGGACUGCUGACUCGAGAGAGCUCUGCUGUCUGGGCCUGUGACUUCUGCAUCAAGACCAAGGACAUCCAGGCGGUGUUUGUGCGCCAGGGAUUAGGCCAGCUGGUGGCAGCUAACGAGAGUUGAGGAGUGGGUGACACACGAGCAGCGUGGAGGUGUGCGACACGUAAGGACACAAAAAGACAUCUUUGUUCUGAUCUCACUGAAUGACGCGUGGGUCAUGUCAGCUUCUUGCCCAGUUUUUCUCCUGACUAGCCCUUUACUUGUUCACUACACAGAGGAACCCACUCAUUGACAUUCAUGCUCACAAAUAGAACUUUGAGUGACUCUAGGCAAACGAUUUUUCUUCUCCCCACCCCACAGGAGCGAAAUCAUGAUGAAUGUUAAAACGACACAGUCCUCCAGACAUCUCGCCUGCCAACCAGCAAAGCACUGACACCAACACACUACCUCACACACUUUGUAACUGACUGGCACGGACGCUCCCGCACUGACUGACUGGGAUUGACUUGGCACACUCGCACACCACAAGAGUGUGAUGCUAUUUCAAACACACACACAAACACGAACAAACACACACACACACACA